UAACCUUUACAUCCUAUAUAUAUAGAAGCCAACAUCCGAAUGUUUUCUCCCCACAGCUCAAACUUCAAUCAAGUUCUCAAAUUUUAGUCUUGAGAUGCAUAAAAGAUUUUGAAAUGGCUUGUAAUUUCUUUCUUUUCUUAGGGCUAUUUCUAGCUCUUUCCUCCUUUGCUCUGGCUUCUGAUCCAAUGGCACUUCAAGAUUUCUGUGUGGCUGAUGCAAAUGCUACAGUUCUAGUGAAUGGUGUUGCUUGCAAGGAUCCCAAGAUGGUUGAAGCCAAUGAUUUCUUUUUCAGUGGACUUCACUUGCCAGGAGAUACCUCAAAUGCAGUAGGGUCUAAGGUUACACCAGUCAAUGUAGCCCAAAUACCAGGACUUAACACUCUUGGCAUCUCUCUUGCUCGUAUCGACUAUGCACCAUGCGGUAUUAACCCUCCCCACACACACCCUCGUGCCUCUGAAAUCUUGACAGUAGUGGAAGGCAGUCUUGAAGUUGGAUUCAUCACAUCUAACCCUGAAAACCGUCUCAUCCAAAAGGUUUUACAUAAGGGUGAAGUAUUCGUCUUCCCUGUCAAUCUCAUUCACUUCCAGAGAAAUGUAGGGACUGACAAUGCUGUUGCUAUUGUAGCUCUGAGCAGCCAAAAUCCUGGGGUCAUUACCAUUGCCAAUGCAGUGUUUGGUUCUACACCGUCUAUCCCCAGUGACAUUCUUGCAAAGGCUUUCCAGAUGGAUACUAAGGUCGUUAAUCACCUGCAAACAAAGUUCUAAGCGAGAAAAUGAAAAGUUGUGAUAGUCUUUUAUGUAAGUGUGAAUCUGGCAGAUCAAAUUGUAAUUUAAUUUGCAUUGUUUUGAAUUUUUCUUGUUCUGGGUUGAAUAUUUAUUUUUUCUCUCGUUAUUUGUUUUCUUUAUGGAAAUAUUAAAUUGGUUUUUCUUUA